AGAACCGCGGAAGUGACGUCAUUAAUAAGUACCUCUUACUGUCGAUCUUCCGCCGACCAGCCAAGCUGCGAUUACGCCGCACAAAAAACAUCCUUGCUUGUCAAUGCGGAGAGAGCCGACGCUUCUACGAGAGCCAUUUCUUCCUCCUCAGAACCCCACGCUGCGAGCUUUCCACAUGAGUGACGGGGAGUGUAACUUCUUCUGCUUCUUCCGCUGCUGCUGAGCGCGCUCCGUGCGCGCCUCGGGCAGACGGGAAGGCAGCGACGUGAGCCGGUGUGCGAGGAGCUGCUUCACACGCCCCGCGUCAGCCAAUCGCACCGCUUGGACGGGUAGGCGGGCCGUCCACCUGUCCGGGCAGGUUGAGUCGAGCGACCGGAUGUCCGUGGACAUGAACAGCCAGGCGUCGGACAGCAAUGAGGAAGACUUUGGGGUGAACUCUGAAGAUGAGGAGGACGACGACGAUGACGACGGAGGAGAGGACGACGAUCAGGGCGACAUAUCGACCUACUACGAGGGCGUGGCCAGCGACGUGGAGCAGCAGGGCGCCGACUCCUUCGACCCGGAGGAGUACUCGUUCACCUGUCUGACCUACAAAGAGAGUCAGAGGGUGCUGAUAGAGGAGGUGAACACUGUGGCCGCCGCGCUGAAGGUUUUACCAGCGGUAGCGAAACUGAUCCUGGUGCAUUUGCACUGGCAGAUUUCACAAAUCCUGGACAGAUUUAAGUCCAACGCGUCUCUGCUGUUGUCAGACGCUCUGGUGCAGCCCAGCAGCACCUGCAGAUCAGUCACAGCCCCUCAGUCGCUCCAGUGUGGCGUGUGUCUGCAGGUCGUGCGGCGAGACACCCUGCUGGCUCUGCCCUGCCAGCACUCCUUCUGCAAAGCAUGCUGGGAGCAGCACUGCACUGUCCUGGUCAAAGAUGGCAUCGGAGUGGGUAUCUCGUGUAUGGCUCAGGAAUGUUCCCUGCAGAUGCCAGAAGACUUUGUCAUGCCGUUGCUUCCAGGAGAGGAGCUGAAGGACAAAUACAGACGCUACCUCUUCAGAGACUAUGUCGAGAGUCACUUUCAAUUGCAGUUAUGUCCAGGGGCCGACUGUCCCAUUGUCAUCAAGGUGCAGGAGCCCCGGGCGCGCAGGGUGCAGUGUAGCCGCUGCAGUGAAGUCUUCUGUUUUAAAUGCCGUCAGAUGUACCACGCACCCACAGACUGCGCAACAAUCCGGAAAUGGCUGACGAAAUGUGCCGAUGACUCUGAGACCGCAAACUACAUCAGCGCACACACUAAAGAUUGUCCUAAGUGCAAUAUUUGCAUUGAGAAGAACGGAGGGUGCAAUCACAUGCAAUGCUCCAAGUGCAAACACGACUUCUGCUGGAUGUGUCUUGGCGACUGGAAGACUCACGGCAGUGAAUACUACGAGUGCAGCCGCUACAAAGAAAACCCAGACAUAGUGAACCAGAGCCAGCAGGCUCAGGCCAGAGAGGCCCUCAAGAAAUACCUCUUCUACUUCGAGAGGUGGGAGAAUCACAACAAGUCUCUACAGUUGGAGGCUCAGACGUACCAGAGGAUCCAGGAGAAGAUCCAGGAGAGAGUGAUGAACAACCUGGGAACCUGGAUCGACUGGCAGUACCUGCAUAACGCUUCAAGGCUACUGGCCAAGUGUCGCUACACGCUGCAGUACACGUACCCGUAUGCCUAUUACAUGGAGUCCGGCCCUCGCAAGAAACUGUUUGAGUACCAGCAGGCCCAGCUGGAAGCAGAAAUAGAAAACCUGUCAUGGAAGGUGGAGCGGGCCGACAGCCACGAGAGGGCAGUGGUGGGAGGCGAGGGGGAGCUCAGCGCCAGCGACAGAGGGGAUCUGGAGAACCAGAUGCACAUUGCUGAGAAGAAGCGACGCACGCUGUUGAACGGUUUCCAAGACACCUAAAGCUCUGUUGCAACUGCAAAGCACCAGCAUCUCCCUCCUUGCUUCCUUCCUUUCUUACUUGCCUCCGCUCUUCGCUUCCUUCCACGACCGUCCCUCGGUGUCGGUGCAGUCAUACUGAUCCCCUCUUUUUGCAUCUGCACUUGCCCAUUCGCUUCUUGCUUUCCCUCCUCUCACUCCCAUAAUGCUGCAGGGCUACAGAAUGGCACGAUUGUAUCUCCCUUUCACAUCCACACCUCAUUCACAUGUUUUGGCUCUGGAGCGACACAUUCACAAGGGUUAAAGCUUUUCACAUCGCAUCCUAAAGUCACACAAGUACUUGUCAUGUGUCUGUUUGUGUGCUUGAAUUGCACAAAAGGCAUUUGGACGAUGACACAAGCAGCUAGAAACAACUUAUUUGAAAGAGUCAGAGUGACAAUAUUCCUGUGAUGCUAGAAUAUUCAUUGGAGGAAAAUGAUGGAGAAGCUUUUGCUGAUGAGCAGACAGGGAAGAUGUAGAGGAUGAUGCACGUCAUUUUAAGGAGACCGUGCUCGUUGUGGGCCUGUAUUUUGGGGUUUCAGUACUUAUUGGAUUGGCCUGAACCCUUUAAUACGAGUAGGCAAGAACACAUGCUAAGUUGCUUUUCCCAUAACAUUUCAAAUGUUCUGUUACUGUUGGUUUAAUUAACCUAAAUAAAAAAACAAGUUCAUAACGGCAGAGAUAAAUGAGGAGCCGUCGACCGUUUUAUGGAAGUGGAGUACGUGAUCCUUCCCAAUCUUUACGAAACAAACCACAUCUACCAUGACCGGUGCAACUUCACAGGAGGUUAUCGAUGGCAGAUUAUGGAGCGCUUUCAUAGUGUCGGUAUUUGUUUGCAGCAUCCUUCCAUAAAGGUGUACAUUGUGACCAGAAGUUUCACAAUAAACACACCUUCCCGUGUGGUUUGUUUGUAUUAGUACUUAACCGAACGAACUACUGCCAGCAAAUAUUUUGAGUCAAUGUUUUUUUCGCCGUACAACUACUACAAUAGGCGUUCUUGUCUCUACAUACUCGUACUGAUGUCGUUGCUUGAUUGUGUCCAGCUAGUUUAGAUCCAAACCAGUGGGAGCCAGACCUUCUCCUCAGCAAUCCAACCCUGGCACCUUCACUGUUCAGAUGAGGAACCUGAGCGUAAUCCCAGGCAUUCAUGCACACUACAGCACCCACCACACAUUGACAUAGCAUUCGCACACACACACACAUACACCAUGCUCACGUUGACUCUCAUGCUCAAACACUCCUGCAGAAAAUAAACGUCAACAGUUAAUUUGUCUCCUUCCCCCAUCUUGUGCUCGCUUCUCUUUUGUUUCCGUUCAUUCCCUCGCUCUAUUUUGCUUUAUUUUUGUCUUUUUUCUUGCUCACAUUGUUCAGUUUUCUCCUGGAAAAUGGCUGUUGAUAGAUCGUUUAAAAAAAAAAAGGAAAAAAAUGGUUGUAAUUUUCAACAGUUGUACAUUAAUACAGAAAUAGUUACUGAGAGUUUUUAAAACCAGA